AUGACGACAAUGUCCAAUAUUCCAGAGGAUUUGGUAGGGGAGAUACUCUCUAGGGUUCCAAUGACAUCUCUGGGCAAAGUGCGAUGUACUUGUAAAGCAUGGAACGCUUUGUCCAAAAUUCAGAUUUUUGGUAAAAAAGCAGCAGCUAGGAAACAGGUUCUAGGGUUCAUGGUGAUUGGUUCUAGGGUUUGUUCUUUCAGUCUCGAUCUCCAAGGAAUCCUCAGCGAAAGAGACUUAGUUGUUCCAUCUAUAAAGAAAAUAAGCAAAUUCGAUGAAAGGAAGAUAUCUUAUGUAUCUCACAUUGACGGCUUAUUGUUCUGCGUCGACAAUGAGAAGCUCCUGGUGUGGAACCCGUACUUGGGGAAAACCAGAUGGAUCCAACGACCUAAGAUAGUUUCCGACCAAAACGACAUGUUUGCUUUCGGAUACAACAACAACCGUAACCACAAAAUCUUUAGGAUUUUACAUGAGUACAACAAAGGUGAUGGAGAAGACCUCCCUGACAUUUACGAAUUGUAUGAUUUUAACUCUAAUUCAUGGAGGAGGGUUCCUGAUGUAAAACAAGAUUUUUAUGUAGUUACUGAUCGAUGGCUCGUGUCGUUGAAAGGAAACACUUACCUUGUUGCUGAAGACAGGGCUGUGGACAAAUACUUUUUACUCUGUUUUGAUUUUACAAUGGAGAGAUUUGGUCCGCGUCUGCCUCUGCCCUAUAACUCUGUUGAAUACAGUGCGGCUAUAUCUUGUGUUAGAGAAGAGCAGCUCGCUAUCUUAUAUCAGGAUGAAGAGACAAUGGAUAUUUGGACUACGACUAAGAUUUUGCCAAAUGCGGUUUCAUGGAUCAAGUUUUUCAAAGUGGAGAUGACAACCCUCAAUGGUUUUCCGGAUGACUUUGGGUCUGAAAUCCAUACUGAGAGCUUCUUCAUUGACGAGGAGAAGAAAGUCGUAUAUGUUUUGGUCAGGUGA